AUGACUGCCGCCUGGAAGGCCGCUGGCCUCACUUACAACCGCUACCUGGCCAUUGCCGCCCGCACCGUGCGCCGCUCUCUGAAGGAGACCCCCCGCCUGAACUCCGAGCGCCGCGGCCAGAUGGACCUUCGUUUUGCCAAGUGGGAGAACGGCAAGCAGGGUGAGGCCAAGUCCCUCGCACAGGCCAACAACGAGGCUCUCGCCCAGGCCGAGAAAUAA